AUUUUUAUGUUUAUUUAAAUUUCUUACGUUAUAUUUUGUAUGUAGUUCUUUAACAUUUUAUAUGUAACUUAUAUACUGUUUGUCUACAUAAAUUUUAAUUAUUAACCUCUAUAUUAUUACUUCCUUAGUAUAAUUUACUGAUCAAAUUACUUAAUGUUUCUUUGUCUGUCUACUGUGAAAUUUAACUCACGUUUAUUAUUAAUUAUUUUGGCCUUGCUGGUCAUAACACCGUUGAUUGGUCAUUAUUAUCUUUCAAAGGAAGAAAAAGAUGGAUUUGAAAACUCUUAUAAUACACAUUCAAAAGUGGAAGCUUAUGAAGACUAUGGAGUUCUUAGAGCUACCGACUUAAAACAUAGAAUAGCUGAACUAGUUAGAAUAAAAAAUUCUGUAAAUAAUGAGUUAAGGAAUAUUGAGGGCAAACGACAAAAACUUCUUAGUGAACUCUCUCUAAACCAUAAAAAAAUUGAAGAUGCCAAAACAGAGCUCAUACGACAAGAAGCAGAGUUAGAAAAACUUAAAAUUUCUGUUAAACAAGCUCAAGUUGCAGAAAAUGAAGCUGUUGCACAGAAUUCUCCCCGUCUUGCUCCACCAACUGUUAUAUUACCUGCAAACCCUCCAUCAUUCAUACCUUUAGUUAAGACUCAUUCUUAUAAGUGUCAUAAUAUGAAAAAUUGUUUUGAUUAUUCUCGAUGUUCUUUAACAUCAGGGUUUCCAUUUUAUUUUUACCAUUCUGAAGAAUUUUCUGAAUUAGUUUCUACUUCAUUAAAUAAAAUUGUAUUUCAGGUUUUACGCUACAAUCCACAUUUUACCAAUAGUUCAGAUAAAGCUUGUAUUUAUGUAGCUCUAAUUGGUGAAACUCAUAAUUCUAUUAACACAACUCAAUUAAAUCAGCUUCCAUUCUGGGGGGGUGAUGGUAGAAAUCAUAUUCUAUUUUAUUUAAGUAAAAAUAUGUAUAAUAGGCCAAAUUUUGAUCAAAAUAUAAAUUUCGGGCGUGCCAUAAUUGCUCAAUCAUUUUGGGAUGAAAAAAAUUUUCGUUUAGGCCAUGAUAUAUUAUUACCUGCUAGUUUUGGACCUCCUGGCGGAGAUGUAUGGAUGGAUUCUCCGUACAUGUUGCCAGCAAGAAGAAAAUAUCUUUUGUCUUUUGAAGGAUAUAAAAAUGUUAACUCAUCGAAGAACCAACAAAGCUUUGUCGAAAUGGUACAAACAUUUUUAACACAAACAACCAUUGAUCAAUUUUACAUAAAAACUGAUUGUAAAAAUAACAGAAUUGGUAGCAAUGUAUUUGACUGGUGUUUGUGUGGCAAUGAAACUAAACGCAAAGAGUUCCUUACUCAGUCUACUUUUACUUUGGUCCCUGCGCCUUUAGAUAUUGAUAUGAUAUCAACUGCAAUGAUGCAAGCUCGAAUUUAUGAAUCAUUAAAAUUUAGUGCAAUUCCGGUAUUUUUAGAACACGACAGAAUUGGAUUACCUUUUGAUGAAGUGAUUGAUUGGUGUAGAGCUGCUGUAUGCAUAGUAGGAGAAAGAGUUCCAGAACUGCAUUGGCUGUUAAGGACUAUUCCUGAUAAUGAUAUUCUGAUGAUGAGAAGACAGGGUAGAAUGUUGUACGAAAAAUAUUUUGGAACUGUACAAUCUAUUUUGGAUACUACUCUUGCUCUUAUACGUAAUAGAAUUGGUAUACCACCAUUGCCAGUGAUUGAUGUACCAUCACCUAGUAUAUUCAGUGAAAAUUUUAAACCAAUUAAAAUGGAUCCUAUUAUUCCGGAUGCUGAGCCAGAAGAAAGCUUAGGUCCUUUGGAACCACCUUUUAAGUCUCCAGAUUUUAAAAGAAAUUAUACAAUAAUGAAAGUUCAAGGUUAUGAAUUAUGGAAUGGUUGGGGAGAUCCAUUUAAACUUUACCCUUAUACACCUUUUGAUCCAUUGCUACCAUCAGAUGCAAAAUUUAUUGGAUCUGGUAAAGGUUUUCGGCCAGUAAACAAUGGAGCUGGUGGUGCAGGUAAAGAGUUUUGUCAGAGUCUUGGAGGAAACUCACCACGUGAACAGUUUACUAUUGUAAUACUCACUUACGAACGGGACCAAGUGCUUAUGAAUUCACUUAGUAGAUUGAAUGGUUUACCUUAUUUAAAUAAAGUACUUGUUGUAUGGAAUUCUCCUAAACCACCUCUUGAAGACUUACGAUGGCCAGAAAUUGGUGUACCUAUACAUGUCAUUCAGGCAGCUAAAAAUAGUCUUAAUAAUAGAUUUUUACCUUAUGAAGCAAUCGAAACUGAAGCUGUAUUAUCAGUUGAUGAUGAUGCUCAUUUGAGACAUGAUGAAAUCAUGUUUGGAUUUAGGGUUUGGAGAGAACAGCGAGAUAGAGUUGUAGGUUUUCCAGGACGGUUUCACGCAUUAGAUCUUAAUAAUGGUGGAUGGCUUUAUAAUUCAAAUUAUAGUUGUGAAUUAUCAAUGGUUUUAACAGGCGCUGCAUUUGUACAUAAAUAUUAUUUAUAUUUGUAUUCCUAUUGGUUGCCUCAAGCUAUUAGAGACAAAGUAGAUCAGUAUAUGAACUGUGAAGAUAUAGCAAUGAAUUUCUUAGUGUCUCAUGUCACCAACAAACCUCCUGUUAAGGUAACUUCUAGAUGGACUUUUCGCUGCCCUGGGUGUCCAGUAUCAUUGUCUGAAGAUGAAACCCAUUUUCUAGAGCGGCAUAAAUGUAUAAACUUUUUUACUCAGAUAUUUGGAUAUACGCCUCUUUUAAAUACGCAGUUUCGAGUAGAUUCUAUACUAUUUAAAACACGAAUACCACAUGAUAAACAAAAAUGUUUUAAAUUUAUUUAAUAUUUAUAACUAUAAGAUCCAGGAUUUGUUCAGUCUACAUUUCUGACCGUUUGUGACUGUAAUAUGAAGAAACAAGACUGAUAAUUUUAAAUUUAACGAAAAAAUAUAGUAGACAUUUCUUUUGUUUAAAUAUAAUCAUGUUUUAUGUAAAAGAUAGACUAUUGUAAUAGGUAAACACAUUAAAUAGCAGUAAAGCUUGUAUCUGGUUGCCUAGUUACCGUGUCAUAACAAUACAUGUACUCUUUUCCAGUUCUGUUAUUGACUAAUUUACUAUUGUUUUUA